AUGUUUCAUUGGCACGCAAUGAUGAUCGCGCUAGAAUUGCACUCGGCCACUUGUACCAGUCCAAUAAUUUUAUCAUACAUCAGAAUCAUUUCUAAGAUUAUGGCUUUCAACGUUGAACUCCUCGUAUUUCAUCCCCGUUUUGCGUACCAAACCAUCUGGGGGAACGACCAGAACCGAAGCUUCGAUUAUCCCGCGGUCUGGCACUUGCCGUCUCACAGGUUUGAGGUUCAUAAGACAAAGGGUUUUAAACAAGCCUGCGACAUUGAAGAUUCUUCCGAGGCCGAAGGUAGUGGGCAGCGUGUUUCCCGAAAAGAGGUGUUUGGUCCACAGGAUGAUGGCGAUGUGGAUGUAAAAGUAUCUGAAAAUUAUUCGACUGCACGACUGCACGUUCGCCUCUCAAUCCGAAGCCAUCGCCACAGCCUUUGCGGUUCACGUGCCUUCCGUUGCGCUUCUGGUGCUUCCUGCGUCAUCCCCAUUACAGCGCGCAGUCCACGAACUACGAGAUUGGGUGUAAAUGCCUAUGGGUUGGAUCUUCGUUCUGGAAUAGCAGGACGGUCCCACUUGCUUAGAGGCGGAGAAGCGGCCAGGGAGACGAAGGAUGCCAACCUCCAGGAUAACUCUGAACCGGAAUUCGUCUACAACAAGCUCGAUAAAAUGGAGUAG